AUGCGUCAGGAAAUCCAGGAUAAAGAAAUGGAGAUAGACGUGAUGACAGACGUGAUCAAAAAGUCCAGGGACAGGAAGAUCAAUCUGAAGCUGCAGGUUCAGGAGGUUCAGGCCCGACUCCAAACAGAAGAAGAGGCCAAACGAUUCCUGAACGAGUCACUGAACGAACUGAAGGAGGAGCUGGAGCGAGAGAAGCUGGAGAAGGCCGCCAUUUUGAGAAACUGUGAGGAUCUCAAAGAGGGACAGAGCACAGUACAGCAAGAGUGUUCUCUGCUGGAGGUCAAGUCCAGAGCAUUGACUCAAAAACUCACGGAAACUGAAGAAGAGCGCACUCUGCUGGAGGCCAAGUCCAGUGAAUUGGAACAAAAGCUGAUAAAAUCAGAAGAGAACUGCUCUCUGCUGGAGGCUAAGUCCACUGCAUUGACUCAAAAACUAAAGGAGACGGAAGAAGAGCGCUCCCUGCUGGAGGAGAGGUGGUUGGCCACGGAGCUGAAGCUGGAGAAGAAGCGUCAAAAGUGGUACAGGAAACUCCUGCGCUGCUAA